GGUCGGCAGGCGUUGCUCGCUCUAUGGAGUAGCGCUGGUGUCCCGGCGUCGGUUCUCAAGCUGCGGUCGGCUGCACAGCCAGAGGCCGCCCGUCCUCGUCCAGAGGGCCGCCAUGAGGCUGCGCGUCGCCGUACUGCUGCUGUUGGCUGCGUGCGCCUCAGCGGAGGAGAGUUCCCCGAAGGAGCAGGCUGAGGCGGCGCCGGAUUCGCACGCGCCCGCGGUCGUCGCCCAGGACGUCAUCCUCCUCGACACAGCCGACGAGGAGCCGGACACGCACUUGGCCCCGGACCACGAACCUGACACGGAGGAGGCUGCCGACCCAAACGCCGAUGAGGCGAAAGGCAGCGAGCGGGCGGUGAAACGUCAGGGCGGCUGCCCGGGCCCCCACUACUUCCAGUGCAGCAACGGCCAGUGCAUCGAACGCGAGAAGUUCUGCGACGGCUUCCCCAACUGCCUGGACCGGUCGGACGAGCGAAACUGCGGGGACACGGGCCUGUGCGACCCCGCCCAUUACUACAGCUGCUCCAACGGCGAAUGCAUAGACCGCCGCGGCCUCUGCAACGGUUACCGUGACUGCAAUGACGGCUCCGACGAGGUCAACUGCCCAGCCUGUGACCCGCGCGUCCACUUCACCUGCCGCAACGGCACCUGCAUCGACCUGGGGCAGCGCUGUGACGGUGCGUUCCACUGCCCGGACCGGUCCGAUGAGGAGGGCUGCUCCAACCAAUGUCUGCUCGGUCAGUUCCGAUGCUCCGAUGGGCAGUGUCUGAACAUCCGGCAGAAGUGUGACGGUAGACGAGAUUGCAGGGACGGUUCGGAUGAAAGGGGCUGUCCUAAUCCAGACCGUUGUCUUCUCGGUCAGUUCCGGUGUUCUGAUGGCCAAUGCCUGAAUAUUCGCCAGAAAUGUGACGGUCGUAGUGACUGCAGCAGAGGGGAGGACGAGCGAGAUUGUCCCAGCCAGUGUGGAUCCGGGGAGUUCGGUUGCGACGGUCGUUGCUUUGACUACAGGCGUCGCUGUGAUGGCAGACGAGAUUGCAGGGAUGGUUCUGAUGAGAGUGGUUGUUCCAAUCCAGACCGGUGUCUUCUCGGUCAGUUCCGGUGCUCUGAUGGCCAAUGCCUGAAUACUCGCCAGAGGUGUGACGGUAGACGAGAUUGCAGGGAUGGUUCAGAUGAAAGCGGCUGUCCUGGUCCAGCACCUUGUCUUCUCGGUCAGUUCCGGUGCUCUGAUGGCCAAUGCCUGAAUACUCGCCAGAGGUGUGACGGUAGACGAGAUUGCAGGGAUGGCUCCGAUGAAAGCGGCUGUCCUGGUCCAGCACCUUGUCUUCUCGGUCAGUUCCGGUGCUCUGAUGGCCAAUGCCUGAAUACUCGCCAGAGGUGUGACGGUAGACGAGAUUGCAGGGAUGGCUCCGAUGAAAGCGGCUGUCCUGGUCCAGCACCUUGUCUUCUCGGUCAGUUCCGGUGCUCUGAUGGCCAAUGCCUGAAUACUCGCCAGAGGUGUGACGGUAGACGAGAUUGCAGGGAUGGUUCAGAUGAACGCGGCUGUCCUGUUCCAGAACCUUGUCCUCUCGGUCAGUUCUGGUGCUCUGAUGGUCAUUGCCUGAAUCCCCGCCAGAGGUGUGACGGUAGACGAGAUUGCAGGGAUGGUUCGGAUGAAAGUGGCUGUCCCAAUCCAGACCGUUGUCUUCUCGGUCAGUUCCGGUGUUCUGAUGGCCAAUGCCUGAAUACUCGUCAGAGGUGUGACGGUAGACGAGAUUGCAGGGAUGGUUCAGAUGAAAGUGGUUGUCCCCGCCCAGACCGUUGUCUUCUCGGUCAGUUCCGGUGUUCUGAUGGCCAAUGCCUGAAUAUUCGCCAGAAAUGUGACGGUCGUAGUGACUGCAGCAGAGGGGAGGACGAGCGAGAUUGUCCCAGCCAGUGUGGAUCCGGGGAGUUCGGUUGCGACGGUCGUUGUUUUGACUACAGGCGUCGCUGUGAUGGCAGGCGAGAUUGCAGAGAUGGUUCUGAUGAAAGUAGCUGUCCCAAUCCAGACCGGUGUCUUCUCGGUCAGUUCCGGUGCUCUGAUGGCCAAUGCCUGAAUACUCGCCAGAGGUGUGACGGUAGACGAGAUUGCAGGGAUGGCUCCGAUGAAAGCGGCUGUCCUGGUCCAGCACCUUGUCUUCUCGGUCAGUUCCGGUGCUCUGAUGGCCAAUGCCUGAAUACUCGCCAGAGGUGUGACGGUAGACGAGAUUGCAGGGAUGGCUCCGAUGAAAGCGGCUGUCCUGUUCCAGAACCUUGUCUUCUCGGUCAGUUCCGGUGCUCUGAUGGCCAAUGCCUGAAUACUCGCCAGAGGUGUGACGGUAGGCGAGAUUGCAGGGAUGGCUCCGAUGAAAGCGGCUGUCCUGGUCCAGCACCUUGUCUUCUCGGUCAGUUCCGGUGCUCUGAUGGCCAAUGCCUGAAUACUCGCCAGAGGUGUGACGGUAGACGAGAUUGCAGGGAUGGCUCCGAUGAAAGCGGCUGUCCUGUUCCAGAACCUUGUCUUCUCGGUCAGUUCCGGUGCUCUGAUGGCCAAUGCCUAAAUAUUCGGCAGAAGUGUGACGGUAGACGAGAUUGUGCUGGGGGAGAAGACGAGCAUUCUUGUCCUUCGUCGGAAUGCGGCUGUCCAGGAAUGUUCGCGUGUGGGGACGGCAUAUGUGUUUCGGCUUUGGCUCAGUGCGAUGGAUUCGUCCACUGCCGCAAUGGAAGUGACGAGGCGGGAUGCAUCUCGUAAUGAGUGGCAUGCUGUAAUGCUCUCUCGCAAGAGAUGCAAUGUAUUAAUAGUGCACAUUAUUGUUGCCAUGUAUUUGCUCCUUUAAAUUGUAUGCAUCGCCGGAAUAAUGAAAAACGAAAUACAUACACGUAAUAGAA